AUGGAACCAAAUAAAAUAGUUCAAACUAUAUUUACUAGAAAAUAUUCAAGUUAUUUAGUUCCAGCAUUGAUGAAGAUAAAGGAAAACCCUAGUUCUGCAACAAAAGAUAAUAGGACUUAUGUUAAGUAUGAAGUGGACAUGGCAAUGGUUUUAUCAGCUCAAGGUUUUGCAUGGAGUAAUAGUCUUAAACUCAAGCUUCAAAAGGAUCGUGUUAAUGAUGAUGUAGCUACAAAGAGUAUUGAAGAUAAUGAGGAAAAGAUGAAAAAUUUGAUACCUGGUGGUGAAGAAAUUUGUGAUGAACAAGUUGUUAAUGAAGUAGAAAGUUAUAUAAGAUGUUUGGAAAUGCAGGUGAAUGUUCUUCAAUAUCUGUUGGAAGAGAUGUGUUGA